UGCGGCGCGUGACCUGGCUGCGGGAGGCAGGAGCCCGGCGAAAGGUGUGGCGAGGCCGCGGCCGCGGACUCCGGAGUCCGCAGGCGGAGCGGGGAGUGGCAGGGCCCAGGCAGCCGGCGCCCCACGAAGCGCUAAAGCGGGUCACGCUUCCUGCCUCCCUCCCCGCCCCUUCUUCUCCUCCCACCUGGGCCUUUGCGGGGAGACGCGCACCUGGCAACCGGCGGCCGCGCUCCGCCGCGUCCCCGCCUUCCCUGCUGGGUCCAGGCGCCCCGAGCCGCCCCCGGGCCCCGGCGCCCGCCCCUCGCCCCUCCGUCGGCGCGGCGCUCCCCGGAGGCUACCUCGAGCGCUAGCUCGUUGAUGCCGUUUUGGGGGUGACCUGGCGCGGCAGGGCGCCUCCAUGGUGGGGGCGUGUUAGUGGCCGCGGCUUGGCCUGACGUCGAGUGCACGGCUGCGGGGUGGCAGGGCGGCCGGCCGGAAGGACCCCGCGCUGCUCGGGUUUCGGGGCGCUGGAGGAGGCCGCCAGGGCCGCGCGAGCGGGAGAUGUUGGAGCUGAGGCACCGGGGAGGCUGCCCUAGCCCCGGGGGAGCGGUGGCGCCGCCACCCGGCGAGGGAGAGGCGGCCGGCGGCGACCACGAAACCGAGAGCACCAGUGACAAAGAAACAGAUAUUGAUGAUAGAUAUGGAGAUUUGGAUUCCAGAACAGAUUCUGAUAUUCCAGAAGUUCCACCAUCCUCAGAUAGAACCCCUGAGAUCCUCAAGAAAGCUCUAUCAGGUUUAUCUUCAAGGUGGAAAAACUGGUGGAUUCGUGGAAUUCUUACUCUCACUAUGAUUUCAUUGUUUUUCCUGAUCAUCUAUAUGGGAUCCUUUAUGCUCAUGCUUCUUGUUCUAGGCAUUCAAGUGAAAUGCUUCCAUGAAAUUAUCACUAUAGGAUAUAGGGUCUAUCGUUCUUAUGACCUACCAUGGUUUAGAACACUAAGCUGGUACUUUCUACUAUGUGUAAACUACUUUUUCUAUGGAGAGACUGUAGCUGAUUAUUUUGCAACAUUUGUUCAAAGAGAAGAGCAACUUCAAUUCCUGAUUCGCUACCAUAGAUUUAUAUCAUUUGCCCUCUAUCUGGCAGGUUUCUGCAUGUUUGUGCUGAGCUUAGUGAAGAAACAUUAUCGUUUGCAGUUUUAUAUGUUCGCAUGGACUCAUGUCACUUUACUGAUAACAGUUACUCAGUCACACCUUGUCAUCCAAAAUCUGUUUGAAGGCAUGAUAUGGUUCCUUGUUCCAAUAUCAAGUGUUAUCUGCAAUGACAUAACUGCUUACCUUUUUGGAUUUUUUUUUGGGAGAACUCCAUUAAUAAAGUUGUCUCCGAAAAAGACCUGGGAAGGAUUCAUUGGCGGUUUCUUUUCCACAGUCGUGUUUGGAUUCAUUGCUGCCUAUGUGUUAUCCAAAUACCAGUACUUCGUCUGCCCAGUGGAGUACCGAAGUGAUAUAAACUCCUUUGUUACAGAAUGCGAACCCUCAGAACUUUUCCAGCUUCAGAGUUAUUCACUUCCUCCCUUUCUAAAGGCAGUGUUGAGACAGGAAACAGUAAGCUUGUAUCCUUUCCAGAUACAUAGCAUUGCUCUUUCAACGUUUGCAUCUUUGAUUGGCCCAUUUGGAGGCUUCUUUGCCAGUGGAUUCAAAAGAGCUUUCAAAAUCAAGGAUUUUGCAAACACCAUACCUGGACAUGGCGGAAUAAUGGACAGAUUUGAUUGUCAGUAUUUGAUGGCAACUUUUGUUCAUGUGUACAUCACAAGUUUUAUAAGGGGUCCCAAUCCCAGCAAAGUGCUCCAGCAGUUGUUGGUGCUCCAACCAGAACAGCAGUUAAAUAUAUAUAAGACCCUGAAGACCCAUCUCAUUGAGAAGGGGAUCCUGCAGCCCACCUUGAAGGUGUAACUGGACCCAGAGAGGGAAGGACUGUCAAUAAAGAAUUCUACAGAAAAGCACUGAUAGAUGAACUUAUUUAAUUAUUUAAAAUGCAAUAGAUUGAAGUUUUACAGACAUGAAUGUUUCUUCUCUGAAAUUACUGUGGAUAUUUAACACUUACUUGCUCUAAGUUAAGAAAUAAGUAGCAAAUUGUUGGCAAAAUAUCCUGUACUUCUUCUAAAGUGUAUUUGCUGAUGUGAACUUCCUUCCCCUUACUUGCUAGGUUUUGUAAUUUUAAAGAUUUAGUGUUUUAAAGAGUCAAACAGUAUAAAAUAAGUGAAAUGAGAUGUCUUAAGAUUGCACCUGGCAGUGUGCCCUUUACACAAAUAUUUACUUUUGCACUUGGAACUGCUCAUAAUUUUAGCAAAAUAUUUUGAGUAAGGCACAAGAGGACUUUAUUUCUCCUGUAGUCCCUCUUCUUUAAAAGGAAGUAUUUUCUGAAGGGCUGAUCUAGCCCCCCAACUCACCCAAAAAAAUGUCCACUUCUCAAAGAAGUAAUCAUUUGCCAAGGAAAAACUUUGAGGUAAGCUCAAAAUUCAAGAGAGGGAGGCUUGAAUUUUCUACCAUUAUUGGCCUGCUAGAGCAAGUAGAUAUCAUACACUACUUCUGAUAAAAUUGUUUGGAAAAACAAGACCUCACAAAAACUUCCAGGAGAAACCAAGGGGAAUUCUGCUGUGAAGAAUGUAAUGUACAUAUUCCCCCACAGGCUAUCUCAACAGAUGAUGGUGCGGGAGGCAACCUAAGACAGUGACACGUGGCACAGGCCACCUCUUGGUUCUCUGCCAACUGGUUUCCCUAACUAACUUCUGGAUCUGUAAGCAUGUAAGAUCAGUAGAGAGGGUAGCAACCGGGAUGAUAGCUGAAGCCAAGAAGAGGGUUCUCGGCCAAGCUCAAGUGGUCUGUCUGCAGAAGGGGCUGUGCACACCUGUGCCCUAGGUGCCUCCUUCCCAGUUCCCUGUGUACCCCCUGGACCCUCACCCAGGAAGAAGGAAGAUCUGCCUGGAGACCCAAUCUCAGACCAACUCCACGGUAGGAGCUAAUAUUUGUCCCAUUUCUUUUUCACAUCAUGUCAUAAAAUCUGAGAACAUCAGCUGGUUAUUUUAUUUUCUUCCAAGAAGGAAAAUCAAGCAGAAGUGAUUCCCACCAAGAACAAAAAGCACACAAAUGUCAAGCCUUUCCUUUGGUGGACUGGACACUGUAACCAGAUAAGAAAUUUAUUCUCUUCAGUGAAUGUAAAUAAAAUACCAUUGCUAAGUGAUCUGUACAACCAUAUAUAUUGUACUGAACAGCACUAAACCUUUCAAAAUUGGCUGGAGCUCCUUGGCUAAAUGUUCAGAGAGGAAAAAUAGAUGUAUUUUUAAAAGAGUAAAUAUUUUGGUUUAAAUCAGAAAUGGCUCUCAAUUAUUUUGUAUUUCUGUUCUACUACAGCUAAAAUAAAAGAUUAUAGAUAUGCCUGGUUCCUACAGAUGUAAUAUGUAACUAGCAGUUUUAUCAUGUGUACUGCAUGGUUAUAGUAUAGUUGAACUUGGUACCAAGAGUCUAGUUUCUUGGCAUGCAUUCAGUAGAUUUAUCAUCACUGGAUGUGCUCAGUCAGUGAUGUCACACUGCUCCAUAAAAACCUAGAGUUGGCACUGGAUGUUUCUGCAGGAGGGAAUGACCACUUGUAAGAUCAGGCUACCUGCAAGUUAAAUUUUCAACAUCUCUUAUUUUUAUUUGCUUCAUUUAUAGCUCCAAAUGUUGAUCAUAAAA